AUGCCCCAAGCAAUUGUUUAUAGGGUCAGCAUCGCGAAAGAAGACAUGGAAUGGGAAGACCUUGAGGCUAUUCUGCCUUCCCUGGAGCCACCUCUGAAAGUUGUUACUGUUGAUCCUCACAACCGCAAAAGAAGUAUUCCCCGGAAGAAUGGCGGAAUCGACAUGAGAUAUAGCACCCAGACAACCAUCUGGGAGGAUGAGUAG